AUGACUGCAGUUUUGGAUCCUUUUAGGCCGUUCUCUGCUGAACUGUAUACAAUCAGACGGCUGAACUCCAGUCUGUACCGGUCUGCUGGUAGAGAUGGACGGGAACCUGGAUGUGUAAACUCUUCUGCUCAGCAUACCUCCUUGGCCCCCCACCGAGAGGACAUCCCCCUGCUGGACCCAUCUUGCGGGCAGCUGAGUGCUGGAGCAGAGGUGGCUCUGGGGGUGAAAGGACGACAGAAAUUUAUAGAUUUCCAUCAUGUGGCCUCUGGUCUGAGGGUACCCCCAGAUUUCAGAGAGAGGCCACAAACAACACCAAAUUCCUUUGGUAUCUGCAUGGACCUGAGCGAAGACAAGGCCUGGAACUCCAGGAGGAUCCCAGAUGCAGCCAUAAGAGCGAGGCUCAGUGCUUCAGACUCGCUGAAGACAUCAAUGUUUUCCAGCAGUUUUCCUGAUAAACACACUGGAGCUAAGGAUGCCCUCUCUUCUGAUCUGAGAUUGUGGACAGACAACUCACUGGCAGUCAGACGCUUCAGAUACACUUCUGCAACCCAGAGGAGUUAUGAGGAAGUUGAUUGGGAUUCAAAAUUGCCCCGAAGCUUUAAGGCACCAGCAACAACCAGGGAGAAAAUGGCCGACCCAGUGAGUGAGCAUCCAUCAUCGAGACGCUACAAUAGCCAACCUCAGCUGUGGCAGUCUAUUGGAGCCGAGUGGAGCAGACAGCAGCUUCGAUCGAGGAAUGAUGCCAGGAAACCCAUAUCAUUUGGUAAAAUUGGCUCUCAAAACAUGGAUAACAUUGACAACAUGGAGGAAGACUUUCACCCCCUGACCCUUAAGAGGAGCAUUGUGCCCCCGUACACCCCUACAGCACACCGAACCACCAUCCCUGGCUACACGGGUAAAGCUGUGCAGGCUCACUUGGCUGAUGAUGCUGCCGGCUCUGUCUGCAGUUGGGCCCCAGUUGAGCGAACUUUACCGGCUUUUGGAGCAGGCAGCUCCAGAUGGCUGAAUCCAGAGCAGCUCGUGGUAAUCGUGGUUUUCACAACCCAGAUCCAUUUUCCUGGAGCCUGA